GAGUCAAUUUCAAAUCACAUUCACAUGUCACAGAUAAACUGUAUAUAACAAGUGUGAGAGGUGAAGCAGGUUCACUGCCUCUUGGAGUUGCAUCUCCUUUUCUUUAACAUGAUUAGACAAUGAUUAGCUAGAGAUAUGCUUUUGAUUGCUAUUCUUCUUUCCACAGUUCUGUCUACUUGAUCAAAAGCUUCUAUUUUCUUCGGUUAGGCUACAGAGUUCUCCUUUGCAUCUUAUCCCUUUAAUUGAGAGCUUGGAGAUUGAGCAAAACUAGAGAGAUUCGAGGAGGGGCGCCCCUUCACCGUAAGCUAAUUACCUGCUCUGUCUCUUUCUUGCUUUCAGCUAUGAAGCGGUUCAAUUCCUCAGAUCCCCUGGCUGCUUUCAUCUCCAUUUCUUCUUCAAAAGUGACCUCGCUAAUUCAGAAGAGAGGACUCAAAAGACCAAUCAAGGCUACAGUAGAGAUUUUCAAUCAAUGCUGGAUAGUCUUGAAGAAGAAGACUACUCUGAAGCAGCCAGCCAUGUAGGUGAGAAGAAACGAAGGUUGAACUUGCAUCAAGUUAAGGCCCUGGAGAAGAAUUUUGAGGUAGAAAACAAGCUUGAGCCAGAGAGAAAGCUGAAAUUAGCUGGAGAAUUAGGCCUGCAGCCACGACAAGUAGCUAUUUGGUUCCAAAACCGUCGUGCCCGUUGGAAGACCAAGCAAUUGGAGAGAGAUUAUGGCACUCUUAAGGCCAAUUAUGAAGCUUUAAAACUUGAUUACUGUAAUCUUGAACAGAAGAAUGAAGUCUUGGCACAAAAGGUAAAAGAAUUGAAAGCAAAGUUGAGUGAAGAAAACGUUGAUAGCAGUCACUCUGUUAAAGAAGAGCACCGCGUUUCAGAGUCAGACAACAACGCCUCAGUGCACAGUAAGAACCGUGAUUUCAGUGAAAAAAACAAUUCAAGUGCGAUCACCAAAGACCACAGCAAUAUUUCCUCUUCGCAUGAACUGAUGAACUUGUUUCAGCUGUCUGAUUCAAGAGUUAUUUUGGGGAAUAUAUAUCAAGUAUAUCAACCCCAUCUUAUGAAACCGGAAGAGCAGAGCUUGUUUAGCACUGAGGAAUCUUGUAAUUUCUUUUCAGUUGAUCAAGCCCCCACUCUUCAUUGCUAUUUUCCUGAGCACUAAAGUUGGUGUAGUUUUAAAAAGGUUCAAGUCUGCCUUCGCAAAUUCUCGUUGUUUUUUAGGACUUCACUUUAUGUUCUCUUCCACUGGAUUUGGUGUGAAUAACCAUAUCACAGCAACCAAUGCUAUUGAAGUU